UCAUGUGUGCUUCACCUGAUACAGUGAGAGAUAUCCUUCUUGCUGCCGAAGAACUGGGAAUGAUUUCUAGUGGAGAAUAUGUAUUUUUCAGCAUUGAGCUUUUCACGAGUAAAGUUGAAAGUGAGAAACCGUGGUGGAAAGAGGAGGAUACAGUGGAACAGAAUCAUAGAGCUAAGAUGGCGUAUGAAGCAUUGUUGACUGUAACCGCCCGUAUCCCCGAGACUGAAGAAUAUAAGAACUUUUCCAGAGAAGUCAAAGAAAUUGCAAAGAAAGAUUUUCAGUUUGAUUACGGACAAGAAGAAGUAAAUACAUUUGUUACAGCAUUUCACGAAGCUGUUUUAUUGUAUUCUAUUGCAUUAAAUGAAACAUUGUCAGAAGGUUAUACUGCUUCAAAUGGAUCUUUCAUUAUUCAAAAAAUGUGGAAUCGAACAUUUGAAGGUAUCACUGGUAAAGUGACUAUUGAUGAAAAUGGAGACAGAGAUGCUGAUUAUUCAAUUCUUGACAUGAAUCCGUUGACGGGAGUAUUUGAGGUUGUAGCCAAUUACAUUGGAACUGAGAAGCAAGUGGUUGAUGAGCCGGGAAAAACCAUCCACUGGGCAGGAGGAAGAAAAAAUCCCCCUCUUGACAAUCCACCCUGUGGCUUUGAUAACUCGAAAUGUCCCAAAAGAGAUAAUAGCAAUCAACUCACAACUGUUGUCCUGGCUGUUGUAGUUGUGUUUUUGUUAGUUGGAUCUUUAGCUCUGUUUAGGUACUACAGAAGAGAAGCACAGCUGGCUUCGAUGUCGUGGAAAAUAAAAUGGGACGAGAUUACAUUGACUGCAGUAUCGAAGAAAAUGAGGCCGGGUUCAAGACUAAGCUUAACCAGGCUGAGCCUUACUAGUAUUGUCUCAGCAGAAACUAUGCCUCUAUGCGAUUUAGGACUACCAUCUUUCACCAAUACAGGCAUUUAUAAGGGUUCAGUAGUUUUUCUCAAACCUAUACUUAAAAGCAGAAUCGAGAUUAACCGACAAUUAUUGCUAGAAAUUAAAAUGAUCAAAGAUUUGCAACAUAGUCAUGUAGUGCGCUUCAUAGGAGCUAUUGUGGAUUUUCCACAUUGUUACCUGGUUUCAGAGUAUUUUCCUCGAGGGAGUCUUCAAGAUAUUCUUGAAAAUGAUCAAAUAACUUUAGAUUGGAUGUUCCGGUAUUCACUGAUGCAUGAUUUAGUGAAAGGAAUGGCGUAUCUUCAUAGCAGUGAUGUCAGAUCACAUGGAAAUUUGAAAUCAUCUAAUUGUCUUGUUGACAGUAGAUUUGCUUUGAAAAUCACAGACUUUGGAUUGCAUAGUUUGCGUGCUUUGGACGACAAUGAAAUAAUGAACACCUUUAUGCUCUGGAAAAGAAAACUGUGGACGGCGCCCGAAAUCUUACGCAUGCCCAGUCCUACACCUGAAGGAACUCCGAAAGGGGACGUCUACUCAUUUGCUAUCAUUGCCCACGAAAUUGUUAUUCGAAAAGGGUGCUUCUACCAGGGAAGUUUGCAACUAACACCUAAAGAAAUAGUUGAAAACGUGAAGAAAUCACAAAAGUCUCCAUUUCGUCCAUUACUCGAGAAAGAUGCCUGUGAUGAAGAAGUUAUUCACAUGAUUAAAAAAUGUUGGACAGAAGAUCCUACAGAAAGACCAGACUUUCAAGCAUUAAAAUCAAUCAUCCGGAGGCUAAAUAAGGACAAUGACAGCGGGAAUAUUUUGGAUAAUUUACUAUCUCGAAUGGAACAGUAUGCAAAUAACUUAGAAGCCCUCGUAGAAGAAAGGACUGCAGAUUAUUUGGAAGAAAAAAGAAAGGCAGAAGAUCUUCUCUAUCAACUGUUGCCAAAAUCAGUGGCAAGUCAGCUUAUAAGAGGAGAAUCAGUGACAGCUGAAGCAUUUGAUGGAGUAACCAUCUAUUUUAGUGACAUCGUUGGAUUCACAGAAAUGUCUGCAGAAAGCACGCCUAUGGAAGUGGUUGAUUUGCUAAAUGACCUUUAUACUUGUUUUGAUUCAAUCAUUGAAAAUUUUGACGUAUAUAAGGUUGAGACCAUAGGGGACGCCUAUAUGGUUGUGUCGGGUUUACCUGUUAGAAAUAGCAAUCUUCACGCCAGAGAAAUAGCAAGAAUGUCAUUAGCUCUACUUAAUACUGUGAAAACAUUUACUAUUAAACAUAGACCCCAGGAAAAAUUGAAACUAAGAAUAGGACUCCACACAGGACCAUGUGCAGCUGGAGUAGUAGGACUUAAAAUGCCUCGAUAUUGUUUGUUUGGAGAUACCGUAAACACAGCUUCAAGAAUGGAAUCUACAGGAUCGCCUUUACGCAUACAUUUGAGUACAAAAACAAAGGAAGUUCUUGACACUUUUAAGACAUUUCUGUUAGAAUGCCGAGGAGAUAUAGAAAUCAAGGGCAAAGGUAAAAUGACAACUUAUUGGUUGAUGGGAGAAAAAGAACAGCCUCUUAUUAACAUAACAGAAUCAAAGAAAGAAUGCACCAUACCAAAUAAUAAAGAUAUACAUGAAACGAAUCUAUAAGAGAUUUAAGAUUAAGUGAUUGAUUUAUAGGGAUCACAGAUCACAUGUGCACUUAAGACUUUAACACACUCAUCACAAGUGAUUAAAUCAUUCCUGAGCUACAAUAGAAACUUGAGAAAAAAAGUUUCUUAUAGAAGAUAUUCUUAUGGGUUAUUUAAUUGUAAAUAGAAAUACUGCAAUCAGAGUAUAUAUCUUCAUAACCAUCAUUUUCCAUUGUAAGUAACCUGAGCUUAAAGACUGUUCUCGAAUUUUGAGUCCAUCGGAAAGAAAGUGAUAUAUCUGAGAGAAAUGAAAUACCAUGAAGAAAAUUAUUUCAAAAUGUUAUUAUGAUUACUGAUGUAAAAUUCCUUAUUAUAUGUUUGAUGUUGUUGUAUGCAAAUUAUAAAGUGUUUUUGAGUGUUC